AUGUACAUCGAUGGGUCGCAUUGUGGUGUUGCUGGUACCGAGGGCGCUUAUGGAAUUCUUCUUUAUGACUUUGAGCAUGAACGUGGUCUCGAAGUUGUGGGUAUUACGCAGACGGAGGAGCAGGAUGCUCGGAAUGGGAGGGGGAGGAAUGAGAGGAGGAAGGACGGCGAGCGUGGAACGUGGUGGUCGUCGUUCGUUGUAGGAUGGUGA